UCCUCCCCACCCCCCACGGAGAAGCUGAUGGUCUCUAUGGCUCCCGACACGGCUUUGUGAGGCGCCUGGGUUCCAGGGCCCUCCUAUGCACUUCCCAGUUUGACCAGCACCAAGUGAGAGGUAUCUGUUCUUUGCUGCUCAGCCUCGUGAGGGAGCUGGUGAAGAUUUCAGUCCCCUCCCUCGUGUGGCCAGUGCCUUGAAGCCUGCUGUCCUCUGGUCUCCUGUGGCCUAGUCUACUUCUUGUACUCAGCCCAGAUGGACCUCUGUGGCAGGAGUCAGAGACAGGUCCUUCCGGAAGCCCGGGACGCUGCUGUGAAGAGGACCCAGCCACGCCCCUUGUCUAGGGUGAAUGGCUGGUCUCUGCCUCUCCACAUAUUCCAGGCAGUGUCCUGUACCAUGUACCUGGUCUUGUCCUUCAUCACCUUUGGGAUCUUCAUCCCCUUCCUGCCAGAUGGGGGGAAAUACGCCGCCUACACCGUGGUUGGCGGGCUGUUCCUGUUCCAUCUCAUCGUCCAUUUGAUCACAAUUACCAUUGAUCCAGCUGACCCCAAUGUCCGACUUAAGAAGAGCUACUCCCAGCCAGUGCCGACCUUCGACCGGUCCAAACAUGGACAUGUGAUCCAGAACCAGUACUGCCAUUUGUGUGAGGUCACUGUGAGCAAGAAAGCCAAACACUGUAGUGCCUGCAACAAAUGCGUCUCUGGUUUUGACCACCACUGUAAAUGGCUGAACAACUGUGUGGGCAGCAGGAACUAUUGGUUUUUCUUCUGCUCUGUGGUCUCGGCCUUGGCUGGAAUGUUCUCUACAAUGAUCAUUCUGCUGUAUAUCUCCGUCAAGCUCUUCACCAACCCCAGUGAGCUCCGUACCGACCCCCUGUAUAAAGAGGUCAGCACUGUGAACACGUGGCUGCUGUUCCUGCCGCUGUGUGCUGUGCCCGUGAAGACCCCCAUGGUCCUCUCAAUCCUAACUGUGGUGCUACCGCUCGUCCUCACCAGCUUCGUGUUGCUUGGACACCUGCUCAUCUUCCAUUUCUACCUGUUGGCCAAGCACUUGAGCACAUUUGACUAUAUAAUGCAGGCUCGUUUCCAGCAGAGCACCAGUCCCACGGAGAGGAAGGACCUGUGUGCUCAGAUGGAGGGAGGCCUUCCUCAGGAAGAAAAUGACAGUUCAAAGUCACCUCCAUCUUCAAGCCUACCUAAUGGACAGAAGAAAAAGAAGUUGCUGCUGACAUCUGUAUGUUCAGUCCUGUUCCCCAAGGCUGCCAUCCAUCCAAAGAAGUGCUCUUCACAAGCGGGGCUGUCAUCACCACAGGGUCUCACGGCUUUGGAGGGAGAACUCCCUGAGACUAAAACUGAGGUCUACACCCACCCGCAGUAACUGGAGGCUGGAAGCCCUCCUGGGCUCUUCCCCUGGACAUUUGCUGCUGAAACAUUUAAUGGAAACUACUGUGCUCCAGAGGUAGAACUCAAGACAGCCCUAAAAGUGUUAUUGGGUGACCCCAGGGAUCCUCACUGUCUGCUGUCUGGGUUCCUGCUGCCAUUUCUUCAAUGCCUCUUCAUCUCUCAGAAGCAUCUCAGUUUUCACAAGUCACUCAGCCACCCCAGUCUUAACCUGCUACACCACCUCUUCUGAAGCCUGAAAGCAACAGCUCACAUCAUCUGGAGCCCCAGCUGAAUCCUUAUGAGCUCCAGAUACCACCAGAAAAGGGCACUGGAGUUCAGUCAUUGACACCUCAAAGUAGAAGCACUCCUGAGGACCUUAGUUCCAGAUCUACCUAGAAGUCUGCCUGAGGAUUGUGGUUCCAGACCCACCUAGAAGUCCACCUGAGCACCGUGGCUCCAGAC